GCCCACACGGGGAGGAGCGAUGGCAGAGCAGGAGCGCCCUGGUCAUUGAAAGAACUCGCAGCUACCAAAAGUCGCUAGUCGGCAACCGCGGGUCGAAGGGACGCAACCGUAGCCGGCUCCGCUAGACUCGGUCUCACCUCGCGACGAUGGGGUCUGUUUGGAGCAGCGAAGGCCAGGAGGUGGUGACCAGUCCAGAUGCCCGCGGCCAGCAAGAGGGGAUCCAGUCCCUUCGACUUUUGGGGACAGCUGAGGAGGAGACACAGCAGAGGAUCCCUUCAUUUGACUGCUCCAUUUGUUUGGAAGUGCUUCACCAGCCCGUUAGGACACGAUGCGGCCACGUAUUUUGUUACUCCUGUAUUGCUACAAGUUUAAGGAAUAAUACAUGGACCUGUCCUUAUUGCCGGGCUUAUCUUCAUUCUGAAGGAAUUCCAGCAACAGAUAUUGCUAAGAUGAUGGAAAAUAUAUACCAAAACUGUACAGAAUGUGAUACACAGGUGCGUCUCAGUAAAAUGAGAGCCCACUUCAGGACCUGUGCCUCGUAUAUAGAGAAAUAUGGUCCUUUACAAGCGGUUGAACACCCCGUAACAAGAUAUCCUUGCCCUUCCUGCCAGUAUGAAUUAGAUGAAAAUGACCUUCUGGACCAUUAUGACACUCAUCACAGAUCUGAAAGGAGAGCAGUGUACUGUCCAGUUUGUCGGUUACUUCCAAAUGGUGGUCCAAUUUAUUACAGCCGUAGUUUUAUAACGCACCUUCAGCUCAGGCACACAUUCUGUUAUGAAGACUACAUUCAUAUAGAAACGCUAGAAGAAGCCCUCAUUGAAAGAGUUCUAGAUGAAUCCUUUUUGGAGUAUGUACAUGUGGAUAAUCCAAAUACUGCAUAAACCCAAUGAAAAGAUUGGAAGAUAUACCAGAUGGAUUACAUUGUGAAUUAAAAUCUUGGUUGUUCAAUACUACUGUCCUUUAGAAGUGUACUUCAGUUUCUGUAAUAAUAAAUUACAUAUAGGUAUGGCAUAA